GGCGACGGCCUUUCGGCGCCCGCCCCUCGCGGCGCUGCGGGUGCCCCUUGCGGCCGCGUCCGCUGCCCGGCGCGGCCCUGCGCCGCCCCGGCCUACGGCCACGGGGAGCUGGCGGCGUGCCUGGACGGGGCCCUGUUCGACAGGUAUGUUCAGUCCCUGGUCGACCUGCGGGUCGCUGCGCUAAGCGGGAGGCCGUGCAGCGGGCGCGCGCCACGCUCUGCCUCGAGGAGCGCGUGCAGGACCUCCGGCGCCGCGUCGUGGAGGACAUCCUGACGCUCAAGUGCCCCACCUGCCACCAGGCUUUCGUCGACUUCGACGCGUGCUUCGCCCUGACCUGCGGCAGGUGCGGGUCCGGCCUCUGCGCGUGGUGCGGGCGCUUCUGCGGCCUGGACGCGCACGAGCACGUCCGGCGCUGCCCGUCCUCCCUGUCGCCCGGCAACCUCUUCGGCUCGCAGGGCCUGUUCGCAGAGGCUUCCAGGCGCCGCAAGCUCAGCUCUUUGAGCGCCUUCCUCCGGGACGUAGAGGUGGAGGCGAGGAGGCCCCUGCUGCGGGCCCUCCGCGGCGACAUCCAGGACCUGGGCCUCUCGGCGCGGCUGCUGCUGCGCGUGCCCCGCGCCUCCGCCGCCGCCGUGGUCGCCCUGGCGCUGGUCUUCCUGCUGGCCGUCUCCCUCGCCCUCAACGCCAGGCUCUGGCGCGCGCUGCACGACCCGGGGAUGUCGGCUGCGGACGUGUGCGCAGAGGUGAGCAGGCGGACGAGUCAGCACGUGGAGGGCGUGAGGGGGCGCUACGACCUGUUCCUCCGCGAGAUCACAUCCGACGUCAAGGACCUGUACUGGGACCUGCGCGACGGCGUCUCCGGUGCGGCGCGGGGCGACCUGGUGACCACUGCGUUUCAGGUGGUCUACACCUCGUGUGCCUUGCCCUUCUGCUUCGCGCUGGGCGUGGCCGUGUGGGUGCCCACCGCGGCUGUCGCCCGGCUGCACACGGCGGUGCUGGCCCGGCACAUGCAGUGGUGGUAUCUCCAGGGCGGCAGGUGGAUGGGCCUGCUGCGCGCCCUCACCUUCCUCGAGCGAGGACGAGUGGGCCGCGUUCCAGGAGGCCCGCCGCGAGCUCCUGCUGCAGGCCCAGAGGCGCGGCGCUCCCGCGCAGCUCGCCGGCCCAGGCCCGCUGCUGGCGUGCAGCCGCUGGGCCGCGCCAGUGCCCCCCGCUCGGGCCGCCCGCGCGGCCGCCCCGCGGGGCCCGUCUGGCAGGCGCGGCGGCGAGGCCAGCAUCCUGCUCGCACUGGCCGGCCCCGCGACGCUGGCCGCGAGACGGGGGACCCGCCGGCCGCGCGGGUGAGGGGCGCGGCCUUGCCUUCGCGAGGCUCUUCCCGCGCCGCGUCCCCGCGAAACGCUCGGGUGUCGGGCGGCUGUCGUAGCAUUGCAUGUACAGACCCCGUCGCGGGCCAACAAGCCGACGCGGGCC